AUGAGCUUUGUGAUCACUUACGACCACAUGGCAGAUGUUCUUGCGAUUCGGCCGGCUAUUUUUCUAAUUGCUUAUGAAUUGCCUGACAGUUUUCUUUUCAGCACAAAAACUGUAGUGAUAUCUUUUACGCCGAAUGACUCUACACAUAUUACGCGGCCGAAUCGCAAGAACAACUCCCAUGUGGUCAUAAGUGGUUUAAGUAAAAUUUCUGGUAUUGUUUCGGAAGCUUGGGCAUUACUUGAAUAA